ACACACAGAGUGAUGCAAAUACCUAUCUGAGCCUCUUAGUUAUUUUCUCUCAAGGACUGGAGUCAGGCACACAGGAUAAAGACAGGAACUGACGGAGCAGAUCUUUUAAGGAAGAAGACAGAUUCUGUUCUGUCAGGUUCCUUUGAGUGUAUGUAAGAGCAAGUCAAAGCAGAGAGAGAGGAGAGAGGAAAAGCCAGAGGGAGAGAGGGGGAGAGGGGAUCUGUUGCAGGCAGGGGAAGGCGUGACCUGAAUGGAGAAUGCCAGCCAAUUCCAGAGACACACAGGGACCUCAGAACAAAGAUAAGGCAUCGCUGACACCACACCGGGGACGAGCUCACAGACAAGUCGGGCCAGGAGGACCAAGACCAGGCGGCCAGGAGCACCCUAGGCAGAAAAAUGAGGUGGCUGCUUCUCUAUCAUGCUCUGUGCUUCUCCCUGUCAAAGGCUUCAGCCCACACUGUGGAGCUCAACGAUAUGUUUGGCCAGAUCCAGUCACCUGGUUAUCCAGACUCCUAUCCGAGUGAUUCAGAGGUGACUUGGAAUAUCACUGUCCCAGACGGGUUUCGGAUCAAGCUUUACUUCAUGCACUUCAACUUGGAAUCCUCCUACCUUUGUGAAUAUGACUAUGUGAAGGUAGAAACUGAAGACCAGGUGCUGGCAACCUUCUGUGGCAGGGAGACCACAGACACAGAACAGACCCCUGGCCAGGAGGUGGUCCUCUCUCCUGGCUCCUUCAUGUCCAUCACUUUCCGGUCAGAUUUCUCCAAUGAGGAGCGAUUCACGGGCUUUGAUGCCCACUACAUGGCUGUGGAUGUGGACGAGUGCAAGGAGAGGGAAGAUGAGGAGCUGUCCUGUGACCACUACUGCCACAACUACAUCGGCGGCUACUACUGUUCCUGCCGCUUUGGCUACAUCCUCCACACAGACAACAGGACCUGCCGAGUGGAGUGCAGCGACAACCUCUUUACCCAGAGGACCGGAGUGAUCACCAGCCCCGACUUCCCAAACCCUUACCCCAAGAGUUCAGAGUGCUUCUACACCAUAGAGCUGGAAGAGGGUUUCAUGGUCAGCUUGCAGUUUGAGGACAUUUUUGACAUUGAGGACCAUCCUGAGGUGUCCUGCCCCUAUGACUACAUCAAGAUUAAAGUCGGUUCAAAAGUUUUGGGGCCCUUUUGUGGAGAGAAAGCCCCGGAACCCAUCAGUACCCAGAGCCACAGUGUCCAGAUCCUAUUCCGAAGCGACAACUCGGGGGAGAACCGGGGCUGGAGGCUCUCGUACAGGGCUGCAGGAAACGAGUGCCCAGAGCUACGGCCUCCUGUUCAUGGGAAAAUCGAACCCUUGCAAGCCAAGUAUUCCUUCAAAGACCAAGUGCUCGUCAGCUGUGACACAGGCUACAAAGUGCUGAAGGAUAAUGUGGAGAUGGACACAUUCCAGAUCGAGUGUUUGAAGGAUGGGACAUGGAGUAACAAGAUUCCCACCUGUAAAAUUGUAGACUGUGGAGCCCCAGCAGAGCUGGAACACGGGCUGGUCACCUUCUCCACAAGGAACAACCUCACCACGUACAAAUCUGAGAUCAGAUACUCCUGCCAGCAACCCUAUUACAAGAUGCUUCACAACAUCACGGGUACAUAUGCCUGUUCUGCCCAAGGAGUCUGGAUGAACGAAGCACUGGAGAGAAGCCUGCCUACCUGCCUUCCAGUGUGUGGUCAGCCCUCCCGCUCCCUGCCAAACCUUGUCAAGCGGAUCAUCGGGGGCCGGAAUGCUGAUCCUGGCCUCUUCCCGUGGCAAGCCCUGAUAGUGGUGGAGGACACCUCAAGGGUACCCAAUGACAAGUGGUUUGGGAGUGGGGCCCUGCUCUCCGAGUCCUGGAUACUCACAGCAGCUCAUGUGUUGUGCUCUCAGCGUAGAGACAACACGGUAAUACCAGUCUCCAAGGAGCAUGUCACCGUCUACCUAGGACUGCACGACGUAAGGGACAAAUCAGGGGCAGUCAACAGCUCAGCUGCCCGUGUGGUGCUCCACCCAGAUUUCAACAUUCAGAGCUACAACCAUGACAUAGCUCUGGUGCAGCUGCAGGAGCCUGUGCCCCUGGGGCCCCACGUCAUGCCUAUCUGUCUGCCAAGGCUGGAACCUGAAGGCCCGGCUCCUCACAUGCUGGGCCUGGUGGCCGGCUGGGGCAUCUCCAAUCCCAACGUGACGGUGGAUGAGAUCAUCAGCAGUGGCACACGAACCUUAUCAGAUGUCCUACAGUAUGUCAAGUUGCCUGUGGUGCCACACGCUGAGUGCAAAACCAGCUACGAGUCCCGCUCGGGCAACUACAGUGUCACGGAGAACAUGUUCUGUGCCGGCUACUACGAGGGCGGCAAGGACACCUGCCUUGGAGAUAGUGGGGGGGCCUUUGUCAUCCUUGAUGACUCGAGCCAGCGCUGGGUGGCUCAAGGCCUGGUGUCCUGGGGGGGACCUGAAGAGUGUGGCAGCAAGCAGGUCUAUGGGGUCUACACUAAGGUCUCCAACUAUGUUGACUGGGUGUGGGAGCAGAUGGGCUCUCCACAAAGUCUGGGGGAGCUCCAGGUAGAGCGGUGAGCUCACUUACAUCCUCAGGGUCUGCCUACCCUGCCCCAGCCUGAGUGAGGCUACAACACACACUUCCGACAGCACACUCCACAUUACCUACCAGACCAAAUGGGAUGGAGCACGCUGACCUAGUGGGGUGCCCAUCCUCCUGAGACAGCCCCCGGGACCCUGAGAGAUAGCAGUGGGGGAUAGGGAAAAGGCUCUGGCAAGAGACCUGGGUCCCUGAGCUUGUCCAAGGCCCUUCCCCUCUCUGGGCCUCCCUCUCCCCAGCAAUAUGAUGAGGGAACUGGAGCAAGGCCUCUGGGCCAAUCCCGGCACUCCUCUCCAGGCCGAGCUGAGUGGCCCAGUGGCCUUUCUUCACUCCUGACUACUUGUCACACCUAUUGAUUGGUUCCACUACUGGUGCAACUGAGCUUGGACUUGAUCAUUAGAAAAUGAUUUCUUAACAGUGAACUCAACUCUGCAUCUAUAUAUUUUCCUAGUUUCUCCCUUUGGGACUAGACCAAGUCUAGGUAGAUCCCCCUAGGAGAAAACCAUGCAGUUUUGGGAGCUGGCUCAUAGCCUGGAGGCCCCUCCCUCCUAGUGUGGUGCCUUGGAGCACUUUCAUUCCUGGAGGUUUGCUCUCAAAAGCUUCUUGCAGUCAAAGACUUAUCCCUGUGUUCCUCCUUAAAGGAAUUUCAAAGGACAAAGAGAAAGUUGUGAGGGUUUGUGGUGAUGAGUAGAAGAAGAAUAGCAGCAGGAGCUUCCCCACGUCUUAAAUUCCUACUGUAGACUCAGAACACAUUUGGGUCCAUAUGCCACCCUAGAAUACCAGCUGACACCAUGGGGUGUCCACACUUGCUGCUUCCAGACAAGCACAAAGCAAACUUUCAGCCUCAAAAUGUAUCAUCUAAAUGAUACCUGAGCCCCAGCGCCACAUGUGGAGACUUGGCCAGUUACUUGGAAAAAGAAAAGAGCCGCUCUGUGUCCUCUGUGCUUUGGAGCAGGAAAACGGAAGAAAGGGUGGGCUCAGGACAGUAGGAGUUGUCCAAAUCCUGCCAUGCUGCCCAGCAUCCCUGGGGCCUGAGCCGGGCUAAGAACCCACCUAGUAGGAUAUUCAGAGGGAUCCAUUCCUUCAGCUUUUAGGGGCCAGAGAUCAAGGGAAGCAGUCUCACUUGUGACAGGCAGGAAAAGAGAUGGAAUGCCAAGAAUCCUGGGUUCUAGACCCAGCUCUUCCCCCAACUAGCUGUAUAACCUUUGACAGAUAGUUUUCCUUGCCUGAGCCCCAGUUUCCCCAAUGGUAAAAAGAAGGCAUAAAAUGCCCCUCAAGGUCCUUCUAAUUGUAGCACUCAGAGCUUCCCUGAGAGCCCCUAGCCUUUCUGGCCUCUCAGGGCUGGUUGUCCUCCUUUCUCCCUGGGGCCCGCUCUCCUGGGCAUCUUCAUCAGACAAAGACACCAGAGAAGCCCCGAGAGGGAUUCCAAGAGAACAAUUGGAAAGUGUCCACUUUUUCAAUUGGUUCAUCAAAGCACACUCCUGUGUUUAUAAAUGGCAUAUGUAGAAGAGGCUAUAUUUUGUAUUUUUUUAUAUCACUUGCUUCACUGCUUUGUAAGGGGUCUGCACUGUUUCUCUUGUCAGGGGUCUAAAGUGGAAAUAAACCCUCUGCAGAUAACCAA